GCGCGCCCUGACGCAAACCAUCUAUGGAUCGUCGUCUAUUUUCGCAAUCUCGAGGGAAUAUAUAAAAUAGCCCACAAAUUUACUCUUGCACUCACUUGCUCUUCUGAUAUUUGUCCGUUAUUAUUCUUCAUAUCACGCGCAUCCCGUCGGAUUAUAUCGCGAACUACACUCAGGUGAAAACCGGAAGUCUAAUAGCUCAAGAUGUGUGACGAAGAGGCUGCUGCGUUGGUCGUGGACAAUGGAUCGGGAAUGUGCAAGGCCGGCUUUGCCGGAGACGACGCCCCGCGUGCCGUCUUCCCCUCCAUCGUAGGUCGCCCGAGGCAUCAGGGCGUGAUGGUGGGUAUGGGUCAGAAGGAUUCGUACGUGGGUGACGAGGCCCAGAGCAAACGAGGUAUCCUCACGCUCAAAUACCCCAUUGAGCAUGGCAUCAUCACCAACUGGGAUGACAUGGAGAAGAUCUGGCAUCACACCUUCUACAAUGAGCUCCGUGUGGCCCCCGAGGAGCACCCAGUACUCCUCACUGAGGCUCCCCUCAAUCCCAAGGCCAAUCGCGAGAAGAUGACUCAGAUCAUGUUUGAGACCUUCAACUCCCCGGCCAUGUAUGUUGCCAUCCAGGCUGUACUCUCCCUGUACGCCUCCGGUCGUACCACCGGUAUUGUCCUGGACUCCGGAGAUGGCGUUUCGCACACCGUACCCAUCUAUGAAGGUUACGCUCUGCCCCAUGCCAUCCUCCGUCUCGAUCUGGCCGGUCGCGAUCUCACCGACUACCUCAUGAAGAUCCUCACGGAGCGCGGUUACUCCUUCACCACCACGGCCGAGCGGGAAAUUGUGCGUGACAUCAAGGAGAAGCUCUGCUACGUAGCUCUGGACUUUGAGCAGGAAAUGGCCACAGCAGCCGCUUCCACCUCCCUGGAGAAAUCCUAUGAAUUGCCCGACGGACAGGUCAUCACCAUUGGCAAUGAGCGCUUCCGCUGUCCCGAGGCCCUCUUCCAGCCAUCCUUCCUUGGCAUGGAAUCCUGCGGCAUCCACGAGACCGUCUACAACUCCAUCAUGAAGUGCGACGUGGACAUCCGCAAGGAUCUCUAUGCCAACACAGUACUCUCCGGAGGCACCACCAUGUACCCAGGUAUCGCCGAUAGGAUGCAAAAGGAGAUUACUGCUCUAGCUCCAUCAACAAUCAAGAUCAAGAUUAUUGCUCCUCCUGAGAGGAAAUACUCCGUCUGGAUUGGUGGUUCCAUCUUGGCUUCUCUGUCCACCUUCCAGCAAAUGUGGAUCUCCAAGCAGGAAUAUGAUGAAUCUGGCCCAGGCAUUGUCCAUCGCAAAUGCUUCUAAAAGACACCCAAAUUUCUCUAAAGACUCGAUCUCAGUAUUAAAGAGACACAAUAAAUGCAAUUUCAAUCUGA